AUGCUGUAUGAGAGGUGGAGCAAGGCAGAAGACUCAUACAUACCAGCAAAGAGAGAAGCGACAGCAUAUCUGGACCAACCGCCACAUACUGGGGAGAUCGAAGCGGCCAUAAAAGCCAUUAACAAGAAAGCAGCUACGGGACUGGACGGAAUACCAGCAAGACGCGUCAACCAGAUACCAAUCGACGAUUUGCAGCAAUUCAUCCGGCUUGUCUGGAUAAAUACAAAACUGCCACGCCAACUGGUAGACAUGAAGGUGAAACCCAUACCGAAAUCGCUACCACGGACUACCGUUGGAAAUACGCGACCCAUCACCAUCCCAUCGACAGUGAUGAAGAUCAUCAACCAAGUUAUACUUCAACAUAUCACCCCCUAUAUUGAGCCACAUCUGCUACCGCAGCAGCACGCAUACCGGAAGGGGAGAGGGACUGCCACUGCGGUGGCAGAGCUCUUUACCAAAUUUAACCAUUCCGGGCAGACUUUACUGUUGCUGGACUUAUCGAAAGCCUUCGACACAGUGAACCAUACAGCACUAUUUGCGGCACUACGGGCCGCAACUAUACCAAGCAAGGAAUACAACCUUAUUCGUGACCAAUACCUGGAUGCUGAAGUCCGAGUACAGUGGGCCAAACGCUAUGCCGAGCCCUUCUCACUAACCAACGGGAUCAGGCAAGGUUGCACACUUAGUACCACACUCUUCAACCUUGUCGAGGCAGAGAGGGAGAGAAAAUGCCGGAUCAGAAUGCAGAGGAUACCCUAUGAAGUAGUUAUGUAUGCCGAUGAUAAAGCGGUUAUACUUGACGAUGAAAGUCUUGUACAAAGGGUACUGGACGUCAACCAGCAGACUGCUGCCGAAUACGGGAUGUACCAGAACAACAGCAAAACGAUGCAACUGCGACUAGACCGGAACGCUACAGAGAUAAAAACGGUCAAAUGGAUGGGCAUACUGCUGGACAAUAAGUUGAGCAUGAACCAGGAAGUUGAAUACCGUAUUGAGAAAGCUAGAAAUGCAGCCAGAGACUAUACACAGGCCGUCAAGACGAUACCACCCUCUAUGAUCAAUAUAGCCAUAAGGAUCAACGGGGCUUGUGCGAUUAUACUACCACAUCUGACUUAUCUCUGGAAAGAGAUCCCCUUCACCCCGCAACAGAGAGCCACACUUAUCGACACCGCCACGCAACUACUCGCCAAGGUAUUCGACGGAACCAGUGGAGUGACUGCUACGUCAAUACUAAACCAUGUGCAUAACAUCACUAAAGGACUGACGCCGAGGCUGAAACAGCUCACAUCACUAGAAACGCUCAUGCCUACACCAAUGGAGGAUCAGGCAGCAACUAAGGAGAAUGAGCUGGCUGACUGGGCUGGUGGAACUGACAUCAUAUAUGCAAGACCAGACCAACCUAUGGAGACUUUACCAGAUGAAGGUUCGUUACAGAUACCCAAGUUACUAAGCCGACGCAAGAUGCGAACGCCACGUUCUUCAGCCCAAGGGACGAACCACACUUUGAGGAGACGAGAGAGCUGUUUACCACAACCCUUGAAGCCUCACCACCGACCCCUGGUUUUGGUAGUGACAAGCACCCACCUCAGGUCGAUAACAUGA